AUGCCAAAAUACUAUUGUGACUAUUGCGAUACAUUCUUGACCCAUGACUCUCCGUCUGUACGAAAAACCCACAAUGGUGGAAGAAAACACAAGGAGAAUGUGAGAAUGUAUUAUCAGAAAUGGAUGGAAGAGCAAGCACAGAAAUUAGUAGAUGAAACAGCUAGAGCGUUCGCGCAGAGUGCUGCCAGAGGUCGUCCAGUGAACUCAAUGGUGAUGGGCACUUUAGGAAGACCGAUAAUCCCAGCUGUACAAAGAUCCGGCAUGUCAUUUUCUGCUUUCCCUGGAGCCCCGGUUCCAUUCGGAAUGCCAUCAAUGGGAGUUGGGGCAGCGUCUGCGGCUGCUGCUGUUGCCGGAGCCCCUGGUGCUCCUGUAGCGCCUGGUGCAUUAGGAGUUCGUGCUCCUGCUGUUCCAUUCCGUCAACCUCCAAGAUACUGA